AUGCGCAUCCUGCCUACAGUCAAAGUUCCAGUAUCUAGCUUUAUAUGGGAUCAGUGUCUGCCGGACCAAAUGUUUGUAUUUACUGAGGAACAACUCGACCUUAUUCUGACUAUAGCCAUCACAGAAUUUCAAUUGCCGAUAAAAUCAAGGAGCGAGAUAUAUGUACCUGCCAGCAUCAUCUUUUUAUGUGCUCGAUAUGCUCACUAUUAUGUAACAAAAGAUUUGGUGCACGCUUUGCUCACAAACGCAGUGAACAGGAUACAGCAUGUAAUUGAUAGCAAGAGGCAAGAUGUGCAUACUUUAGCAUUUUGGAUAUCCAACCUCACUCAGCUGCUCUACUACCUGAAAAGAGAUACACAAGUAGUCAUUGAGACUGCAAAGUAUCAAGUCGAUAUCUCGGAGCUUGUAUCAGAAGCCUAUACUUGCUUAAUCCACGAUUCUGAAAAGAGAUUGGAGCAUAUAUUCGAAUCAGCCAUUUUGGAAUACGAACAGCUAGACGGACUUGAAAUGGUUCACUUUGCGGAUGACUGGCAAAGAUUCUUUCGCCGAUCGUCAACCGUGAGUCGGCAGUCGAUGAGUGAACUAACUUGCUCGCCCAAAGCUGUGACAACCCUCCUGAGUUCUAUUCUAUACGUCCUUCAGUCCUACGAAGUUCAUUCGGCUAUCACCAUACAAGCGUUUGGACAACUUUUCCACUUUUUGUCAUGCGAGUUGUUUAAUCGCAUCCUUAGCCACCGACGGCAUCUCUGUCGGUCGAGAGCGAUACAAAUUCGUAUGAAUAUCACUGUGAUGGAAGAAUGGAUCCGAGAUCGCGAUCUACCACUCGAGACUUAUUUGACACCCGUCAUCCAACUAGUCCAGCUCUUGCAGUGCGUCUCUCAGUCGAGGGAUUUGAUGGAAUUCAUUCACAAGAUCAAGUCAUUUGACCAAUUGAACCCUAUGCAAAUCAAAAGAAUCAUACUCAAUUACAGAUACGAGGUAAACGAGCCGAGACUGCCAGAAGAGAUUGAAAAGUACACGAUGCAGAUCGCAGAGGAUACGUUGAGGCAGCAGCAAUCUGUAGAGUUACCGCCUAGUCGACGUGCGAGUGCGUCUAGUCUGGGCAGCCUGUUUGGGCAAAGGAAACAUACAGCAAUUCAUUAUACUGAAGAAGAGCAGUUGUCGGAGUUCAAGGAUAGCAAGUACAUGCUACCAUUCUCUUUGCCAACCACUAACCACAUGUUACAAACAAGCUGUUCAGAGCAGUUGAAGCAAAAGACCAGAACGGAAAGAGAAAAUAGUGCAUGGUUACCAAAUAUACCAGAAGAUUGGCUAAUAAAAUUAAAUAACGAGGACAAAAAGUAA